AGGUGAAAGAGAGCCAGUUCCCCAGUUCCCAUCCCAUUCCCCCUGGAAUCCCUGUUUCCUUGUGUGAAUGUUUCUAUCUUUCAACUGACGUUCUAGCCAUCUCGUGAGGAUUUUGUAGGAACUGCCUUUUGCCUUCAAUGCACUCGGAGCACCAGAAAAUAAAAUUGACUCUGCUGGUUCCGUCUGCCAGAUUGUAGGGUUGCCAUCUUUGGCUGGGGAAAUUCCUGGAGAUUUGGGGGCGGAGCCUGGGGAAGUGGUGUGCAAAUCAGUUGCACCUAUAAAAUUAACAAAAUUCCUGGUAGGAUAUGAGCUUUUGUGAAACCAUAGAUUUCACCAUUAUGUUGCCUUACAUAUUAGCUGUUUCUUUAAAUAUGUACUCCUACCUGUGCUUUACGUUGUCUGUCCUAGAAUUGAUUAUGUUCUGUUUCAGCAAUUCCUCAACCCCAUACUGGUUCCUGGCUAAUACUAUGUCUUUGUAAACUUAUAUUCAUUUACCCCAUGACAUUGUUUACAGAAAUGUUCUUGACACUGUAUUCAUUGACCCUAUGACAUUGUUUAUGGAAUGUUCUUGAUACUGUAUGGAAAUGCCUGCCUUUGUCCUUGCCACUGAUUGUACUAAUCUCACACUUAUGUAAUCCACCUUGAGUCUCAGUGAGAGAGGGGGAAUAUAAAUGACAUAAAUAAAUAAAAUAUCUGAAGAAGUGAGCUGUGACUCACAAAAUCUCAUACCCUACCAGAAAUUUUGUUAGUCUUCUAGGUGCUACUGGACUUUGGCUCUUUUCUACUGCAAAUCAGACGUAAUUCCAGAUCUCCAGACACCACCUGGAGGUUAGCAACCCUAACGGGGGUCUUGGAGAAGCCCACACAUGGGGGUUGAAGGCCACACUCUGUGCAUAGUGCCCCGCCCCCACCCCAACUGCGGUUUCAGGGGAUUUAUUUGGCCAACCCAGCAGAGCUAAAAAAAAUUGCCUUAUCCUGAAAUUAGUUAAGUCCUUUUAACAGGCCAUUGCAGUACUUCAGGGGUGCAGAAAAGGGCAGCUGGAAUAAGGAAAGGGGUGGAAAAAGAGGAACACAUCUGGGAAUUUUUAACUUAGAGAGAAGAAGAUGAGGGAAGGAAGACGUGGGCUGCAUCCACAUGGAGGCUCUUCUGUGUCUUGUCUUCCAAACUGUAGUAGGUGUUUAUUUUGAGCCUCCACGUAAUCUGAAAAUCCUUUGGAGGUUGGGUGGUUUCCCGCUGGAUUCCAUAGACCAUUUAGAGUUAUUAACCUUCAGGUGGGGCUUGCAGUUCCCCUGGAAUCAUAACUAUUCUCCAGAUGACAGAGAUCAGUUCCCCUGGAGGAAAUGGUGGCUUUGGAGGGGGGACUAUGCAACAGCACGCCCCUGCUGAGAUCUCUCCCUUCCCCAAAGUCCGUCCUCUACCCCCAUAACUCCAGGCAUGUCCAAAGGCAGAACUGGCAACCCAUGGAAGGAAGGCUUGGGGGUGGAUUUUUUGUUUUGUUGUGGAGGGAGGGAAAGCAGGGUGGGGCACACCUCAGGAGGCUGAGAGAGCACGGAAAGGGAGGAGAUUGUAAACAAGGGAAAAGGCAUGGGAAAUAUUAUGCUCAGUUUUCUUACGUUUUACUCCACAAAAUUGGAAUGUAAAGGUGGUGGGAGGAUUUUCUUAGGAAAUGUUUCCUCUCACUGGCAAUGCCCUGCCCUUCGCUUUUUGAAUCACUGAAGCAGGCAUGUGGUAGGACUUGUUCCUCCUCUCUUCCUACCCAUCUUACCCUCCUGUUUUCUAUCUUGUAAUCCUGUAAUUUGCUCCUUUGGGUUUGUGUGAAGCACAGGGUAGCCUCAGGCUCUCCUACAGUUGGAAGGGUCAACUCUGCCGGGCAGAAGAUGAGAGAGGCAGCCCCCAUCCGACACAUAUAUACUUCUGAGACUCUGGAGGCAUACAGGAGACUGAAGUGGCAGAGGCCUGAGAGGAUGGAGUGGAUUUUCUUAAUGCUUUAUUCAAGGCACUUCUAGCCUGAUUUUUUAUAUGAGGAGUUCUAUGAGCCUGGGUCUUUGUACUGAGGCCUAGUGGCUCCGGGGAAGUCUGUACUAGAGUGACUACAGGGCCGACAUUUCCCAGGUCCCCAUUGGACCCUGUGAUUGGUUAACAGGUGAUUUGGAGGGAAAAUUUGCACCAGGAGAGAAGUAUGGGGAUGGUGCCUGGGAAGAAGAGAGAAAAGGCUUGCCCAGAGUGAGAGGGUGUUAAUUCCUAAGGAGAAGAGCUGAGGAGAGGAGAGGAUGCUGCAGACAGAGGGAUCCUUCAUCCAGAAGGAAUGAGUCAGCUUGAAGCCAAUCAUCAAGAGACAACUGGAAACAAUCUAGAUAGACACAUUAGGGUGUUUUAUUUUGUUUGUUCACCUACCUUUACUGUUCUCUUUAUUAUACAAAGUUUAAGAACAGCAGUUGUUACUAAAACUGUUUAUUAUUCUGCCUAGGUCCUCACGCCACAUUUGGUGACAUUUAAAGUAAAACCUACUGGGUAGGCAAAAGGGGUUGGGUGGGUGCUCUGGGCCAUUUUGAGGAAACCUGUACCAGAGAGCUUCCCUGGUCCCCAGCCUAUGGCAAGGAGACUCAAAGGGGCUUUAUGUCUGAGUGCAGGGUGGGGAUCCCUGCCAUAGGAAAGCAGCACAGUAAGCCAAAUCUGAUGUGCUAAUUUUAUCUUUACAGGGUUCUUUUCAGUGACGCAAAAGAGCAUUAACAAUUGGAAUCCAUGGGUGACAGCCUGAAGUGGUUAUUCUCUCAGCUCAAGGCUCUGCCAUCUCAUUGCCACUUCAUUCUCCAGUGUCUGUGAAGCAGGCCAGAGGGUCUCAGAUUCCCCAGAAGGGGGUGAUUUGAGUUUGGGCCUCAUAGCUGAGACAUGGACGAAUGGAUUUGCAGAAACAAGUUGGGAGGAAACAUGGCAAAAAAAGGAAGGUGGUAUCAAUGAAUAAGGCAGAAGGGACAUCCCCUCACAUGGAAUGGGAAGCAACGAAAAAACACCCUUGAUGUCUUCUCUAGCAUUUCUUCCCUGUGGUGAAGGGAAACAAGCCGCCAUGCAGCCAGUUCAGGCCCACCGAAAAGACACAAGAUCGUGGCAGGCCCAAAUACCCUCAGACAGGUUGGGGCCAGGACUGAAAAUGCUCUGGCCCUGGUCGAGGCCAGUCGAGCCUCCCUGGGGCCUGGGACCACCAAUAGAUGUUUACCUGCUGAGCUCUCCAGGGUAUAUACAAGAAGAGGCAGUCCUUCAGAGUCCAGUGUCCUUUGAAGAGGUGGCUGUGUAUUUCACCCAGGAGGAGUGGACCUUACUGCACCCAACCCAAAGGGCUCUCUACAAGGAAGUCAUGCUGGAGAAUUUUGGGAACGUGGCCUCUCUGGCACCUCAGAUUGUCAAACCUGAACUCAUCUCCUGGCUGGAAGAGGACCAAGAGUUGUUUCUCCUGAUCUCUGAUGAAGAGGAGGAACUGGCAGUGGAAGAAAGUUGGGAGUCAGUGAAUGAAAUGGAAGAGGAUCAGGUGAUGGGAAUAGAAGAUAAGUUUCCAGAUGUGCAAGAGACAGCUGGAUAUUAUGAAAGAUGGAUGGAGGAGGAAGAGAACCAGAUGUAUACAGGAAGGAAUAAUUUCACUCUUUUACAAGGGCAUGAAAUUCCACUACUUCAAAAAACAUACGAAGGAGACAACAGGAAUCAGCACAAUAUAAGUGAAGAGAGAAUUUCUGAAAAUCUGGCCGUUAAUAUGCAUUUAAACACUUACGAUGGAGAGAAAAUGUUUGAAUGCCUGGAGUGUGGGAAAAGCUUUGUGAGGAAAGAUAAUCUAAUGUCCCAUCUGAGAAUUCACACAGGAGAGAAACCAUAUCAAUGCCCAGAAUGUGGGAAAAGGUUUGGGUGGAAAAAAAAUCUAACAUCCCAUCGAAGAAUUCACACAGGGGAAAAACCAUAUAAAUGCCUGGAGUGUGGAAAGAGCUUCAGUGAGAAUGGAAACCUUAUUUCCCAUCAAACUAUUCACACAGGGGAGAAACCAUAUAAAUGCCCGGAGUGUGGGAAAAGCUUUGGGCGGAAAGAUAGCCUAAUGUCCCAUCAGAGAAUUCAUACCGGGGAGAAACCGUUUAAAUGCCCAGAAUGUGGGAAAAGGUUUGCAUGGAAAAACAAUCUACUAUCCCAUCAAACAAUUCACACAGGGGAAAAACCAUAUAAAUGUCUGGAGUGUGGUAAAAGCUUCAGUCAAUGUCGAGGCCUUUCUUCUCAUCAAAAAAUUCACAUAGGUGAGAAAAAGUAUAAAUGCUUGAAGUGUGGGAAAAGUUUCAGUCGGAACGGAUACCUUACUUACCAUGAAAGCAUUCACAUAGGGCAGAAACCAUAUAAAUGCCUGGAGUGUGGGAAAAGCUUCAGCCACAGCGUAAGCCUUAUUAUCCAUCAAAGCAUUCAUAUGGGAGAGAAGCCAUAUAAAUGUCUGGAGUGUGGGAAAAGCUUUGGACGGAAAGAUAACCUAAUGUCCCAUCAAAGAAUUCACACAGGGGAGAAACCAUAUAAAUGCCCUGAGUGUGGAAAAAGCUUUCGAUGGAAAGAUAACCUAACAUCCCAUCAAAGAAUUCAUACAGGGGAAAAACCAUAUAAAUGUCUGGAAUGUGGGAAAAACUUCUGUCAGAUUAGAAGCCUCACUGACCAUCAGAGAAUUCACACAAGGGAGAAAAAAAUAUAAAUGGCUGGAGUGUGGAAAAACCAUCCAUCAAAGUUCACACCGUACUUUUCUGCCAAAAAUUCAAAUAAAAGAAAAAAAUAUAAAAACCAGAAGUUUAGGGAAAGCUUUAGGUGGACAGAUAAUAUCCCUUGAAAGAAUUCACAUUGGGUUGAAAAGAAAUAAAUGCCUGGAGUGUGGAGAAUGCUUCAGUGGGAGUGUAAACCUUACAUAUUAAAUAAUCAUACAGAAAAAAAACACCAUAUGUAUGUUUAAAGUGUGGAAAGGAAAUGGCAUUAGAAAAUUAGAAAGCAAUGCAAUAAAAAUACCUCUAACAAUAAAAGGAUGAAUCUGUCUUUUCAUCUCUCUGAAAAUAAGGUUAGGAGUCUCAAAAGUAGGGCUCCCCUACUUCAGAGUGAUGGUGGGAUUUGCAGUGCCAAAAUUGAAGGGAAUCAGAACGUACUUGCCAGGUUAUUUUGAUAAUUCCGCAUUUGUAUUUGCAGUGGAAACAAAGGUUUUCUCAUGAGGAGCCAAGAAGCGCUGUCAGCACAGACAAGAAAGGUGGAAAAUAGCCCCUCUGUGCAAAACCUAUCAGAACCCGUGUGGUGUAGUGGUUAGAGUGUCUGGCUAGGAUCUAAGAGUCCCAGAUUCAGAUCCCGCCUCUGCCAUGGAAGCUUGAUAAGUGAUCUUGGCCCUUCUAAUAUAACACCUUGCAGGGUUGUUGUUGUGAAGAUAAACUGGAGGACAGGAGACUAAUGUGAGCCGUUUUGGGUCCCUUUGGAUAGAAAGGUCACUCACUGGAUUUAGAGAUCGUAGACAGAGAAUUUCAGGUGAUACUUCUUCAGGAAACUUGGGAUCAGCAUCUUUUUAUUUUUAUCUCUAUAAGAGGAUGUAGUAUUGUAGGUUAUUGUUUAGUCAAUUUUGCUGCUCUUUAAUCUCUGUCUUUGGAGUUGGUGAAUUCCACGGAGGUGAUGAUUUGCCUCUUUACCUAUCCUGUCCUCUUUUGGAAAAGGUUCACAGGGCCAUUCAGAAAUGUCCCCUUGUCUUCAGCCUUAGGUUAUCUUUUGAAAGUAGUCUUGGACUCAACGUCCAAAAAAGUGAGGAAAUAUUGGAUAGAAAUACAUGAAAAAAUGGGAAAGAUACUAAACUUUCACUUUGUGUUGUAUCCUGUGGUGGAGAGUGCCCUCAAGUCAUAGAUGACUUAUGGCAACCCCAGUGGAGUUUUCAUGGCAAGAGACUAUCAGAGGUGGUUUGUCAUUUCCUACCUCUGUAAUCCUGGUCUUUGUUGGAGGUCUCCCAUCCAAGUACUAACCAAGGUGACCCUGCUUAGCUUCUGAGAUCUGACAAGAUCAGGCUUGCCUGGGCUAUCCAAAUCUGGGCAUGUUGAACUCCAAAAAUAUGUUAUUAAACAUCUUAGCAAGUAAUAUUAUUAAAAUACAUAGUGAACUAUUUAAAUAUAUUAUGACAGCAGCAAGAGAAGUAUAUGCAGCAAAAUGGAAGGCAGACUGCUGUCUAGAUUUGACAGAAUGGAUGAAUAAAUUAUAUGAAUAUGCGUCAAUGGCAAAAUUAACAUCUUAUAGACAUAAUAGGCCAAUCCUAGAAUUUCAGGAAAAAUUGAAAGCUUUUUUUGAUCACAUAGCUGAAAAUUAAGAGUAACUAAAUACAGUUAUCAAAAAAUAGAUUAGUUUUCAAAUUUCUAAAUCAAAAUGUAGAAUAUAAAUGUAUCUUAAUAUAAGCAAGUAUCAUUGUAACAGAUGGUGUUUUUAAAAAUUUAAUGAAGGGGGUGAUGGGGAGAAAUACUUUGUGUUUUAUAUACUCUGUUAUAUAUAACUGUCUCUGAUUUAUACAACUAUGUUAUACAAUUCCUUUUUCUGUAUUGCUUCUUAUUAUUCUGUUUUUCAAAAUAAAAAAAUAUUUUAAAAAGUA